UCAAAAAGAAAUAUCCAUCCUUUCCAAAAUUUUUCCGCCACCGCGUAUUGUUUUUAAAGAAGUUUCCCACCUUCCAUCUUCACGAAUAAAAUUAAGAUCUCCUCAUCAUGUCCGCUUCACCUUUUGAAUACCUUUCUCCCACCCUCGCCCGCAAAGAAGGUUUUUUUUUUUUUUUGGGACACUCAGAAGAAUUCUUUUCCUUUUUUUUUGUUCAGAUUUUAUAAUUUCGAGGGAUGAGACCGGAAACCGCUACCAAGCAAGCCGCCUUCUCAACCCAUGCCGAUCUCCGGCGUAACGUGCCGGAACCCGAAACAAUGCCAAAAGAAGACGCCGGGGAGGCGAUCCUCGAGCUGACUCUCCUCGCCGCCGACGGCCUCAAGGGUGGCGCCACCUUUCUCGGCAAGGCGGCGAAGCCCUUCGCCGUCGCGUGGGUCGACCCCGCCCUCAUCAGGAAGUCCCCUAUCCCCCUAAAUUCUAGCUCCUCCAACCCCCCCAAGCUCCACCUCCCCCUUUCCUUCGAAACCCUCCAAAACCCUAGCUCCUCCCUUACCGUCCAGAUACUCUCCUCCCGCCUCCCCUUCCGCGCCGCCAAGCCGGUCGCCUCCGCCGUCAUCACCCUCUCCUCCCUCCUCGCCGCCGGUGAGCCCUUCGUCCUGCCGCUCCGCCGGCCGUCCGGCCGCCCCCACGCCUCGCUCCACCUGUCCGCCCGCAUUCUCUGGUGCCUGGCGCCCGCCCCAUCGUCGGAUCCCGUCGACGGGGCCCCUGUGGUCGCCGGAGUUCCGAGCAUUCCGACGGAGGUCGAGGCGCCUGAGUUCUUUUGGGUCGAGCCGAGCGCGCCGCCAUAUCCGGCACCGUUGCCGCCGCCGAUGCCAAUGGCUGAAAGGAUUGGACCGUGGAAGAGCUUUUUGAUUGGAUUGGCGAGUGGAGCAGUCGCCGCAGUGUUGAUGGGGGCUGCUGUGCUGUCGGGGGAUUGAACGAGAAUUUUGUCUGCAAUUUGGGUGAAUGAUGAUGUUUCUGUACAGGUUUUAUACCCUUUUUUUCGCCUCUUGUUUCCUCAUAGCAAAAUGCUUAUUUGUUCUGCUUGGUGAAGCGAUGGGGGAUUUUGCUUAUGGGUGCAUGAGGAAUUUUACAGGACAGGAUUACUGAUUUUCGUUUAUUAUCAUGUUUCUUUGACUUAAAGUGCCCGUUUUUAUGUUUAAUGAAUUCAACAAGGUUGUUUUGUGAGGUUGU